AUGUCUCUAAAUUACAUCAAGAACUUCUAUGAAGGAUGCGUCAAGCCUCCGACGGUGAUUGGUCAGUUCCACACCCUGUUCUUCGGAUCGGUCCGAAUGUUCUUCCUCGGGGUGCUGGGCUUUGCAGUGUACGGGAACGAGGCUUUGCACUUCAGUUGUGACCCAGACAAAAGAGAAGUAAAUCUCUUCUGCUACAAUCAGUUCCGGCCAAUCACCCCACAGGCAAGUUUUCCUGUGUUCUGGGCGUUACAACUAGUGAUUGUCCUGGUUCCUGGAGCUAUUUUCCAUCUUUAUGCUGCAUGCAAAAACAUCAAUCAAGAAUGCAUUCUUCAAAAGCCUGUCUUCACUAUGAUAUACAUCCUCUCUGUUUUGCUAAGAAUUAGUCUCGAGGUGGUAGCAUUUUGGCUUCAGAUUCACCUCUUUGGUUUCCAGGUAAAACCUCUUUACCUAUGUGAUGCUAGAUCUCUUGGGGAAAAAGUUAAUGUCAUAAAAUGCAUGGUGCCGGAACCCUUUGAAAAGACCAUUUUUCUCAUUGCAAUGUAUACCUUCACUGUAAUUACUAUGGUGUUAUGUGCUGCUGAGAUUUUUGAGAUCAUUUUUAGAAAAUUAGGCUUUCCAAUCCAUCAAUGA